UAGCAAAAGCAAAGCAGCAAGCGCGUGCGCCAAACUGGUCGCGAUUGCAAGCAUUCCUACAAACUUGGGUGCCGCUGGGCUCCUAUUUGCAGUGAGAACGCAACGCACACGAGAACGCCAUCGCUGCGGCUCCACAAUGCGGCUGUCAGCAGCCCUGUGGUGCCUCGCCACCGCGACCGCGACAGGAGCGACCGCGACAGCCGCGACCGCGACAGACCAAUAUUAUGGUGAAGACACCUGGGUCGUCGUCGUCGGCGCUUCUAGAUAUUUUGCAAACUACCGCCACGCCGGGAACGCGUUGGCCGUAAGGAAAGCAGCUAGGAGGUUUGGCGUGCCGCGCGAUCGCAUCUUGGUAUUACUCGCGGAGGAUCCGACAUUGGACGCGCGGAACCCGAUGCGGGGCGAGGUCUACCUGCACGCCAAUCAGAAAUUUACGGACAAUCUAGCGGUAGAUGACGACGGCAGUUAUGCGGAUGUGGACUACGCGAACGAAGAGGUGACGCCCGAGCUCGUACGGAACUUGUUGACAGGAAGGUACGACGCGACGACGCCAAAAUCCAAAAGAUUGGACUCGAACGAGCACUCGAAUCUAUUUGUGUACUUCACGGGUCAUGGGGGAGACGAGUUCCUCAAGUUCCACGACGCCGACGAAUUGAGUGCGAAGGAGCUCGCGUUGACGUUCGCCGAGAUGCGGGCCAAACGGCGAUUUAAAAGAUGCAUCCUCGUCGUGGACACGUGCCAGGCCGGCAGUCUCUUUAAAUACCUGGACAAUUCGACGUCUGGCAUACUCGCGAUGGCCUCGGCGAAGCUCGGCGAGAACGCCUAUGCCUCGCCGGCGGAUGCGACGACGGGCGUCGCGCUCGCGGAUCGCUUCACCGAGCAAGCGAUCCGGUGGCUCUCUUCCACAGGAUCGGAGCCGGGGGCGACGUGGGGCCACUUCGUGCACCAGAUGACGCGCGCGCGGACGGGGUCGACGCUGGAGGUCUACGAGAAGGCCUGGGGCUCGGGGUUGGACUGGCGGUCGGCGCCGAUCCGCGCCUUCCUUGGGGACCCGCCGGGCGAGGAGCACUCGCUGACGUUCGCGGAAUUGUAGUUUUG